UUGAAUCACAUUAUGGGCAUUCAAACAUUGCCGUAUCAAAUAGCUUCAACACACUAAUCAACGGAUCCUCUCUGAGUAAUAUAAAUAGACGCACCUCGUCCAACACUGGAUAGUAAACUUGUUGUCUUUUCUUUCUGAAGAAGUAGGAGUUUCUACCGAGUUAUCACAAUUGACCCACAAGAUGUCGCAUUCUAAGGAAACUGGCAAACUGCCUUCAUCUGCAAAUGAUCCAUGCUUAAACAUUACAACCCUGGACGCAAAAGACAUUCGCUGGCCAACUUCACUCGGGGCUCACGGAUCGGAUGCGAUGCACACGGAUCCGGAUUAUUCGUGCGUGUACGUGACGAUUCACACCGCAGAAGGGACACGAGGAUAUGGAUUGACUUUCACUUUGGGUCGCGGGACGGAUAUCGUCCUUAUGGCUGUCAAGGCGAUGAAGCGAUUCGUUGAGAACCGCACUACGGUGAGCAUUUAUGCGGAUUUCGCGAAAUUUUGGCGCGAAAUAACGAGCGAUUCACAGCUGAGAUGGAUUGGUCCUGAAAAAGGUGUUACCCAUCUCGCAGUGGCAGCGAUUAUCAACGCUUUGUGGGAUUUGUGGGGCAAGAUUCGGGGUGUUCCUGUAUGGAGACUACUGACUGAAAUGGAACCGGAGGAGCUGGUUUCCACGAUCGAUUUCCGCUACAUCACGGAUGCCCUAACUCCAGCCGAGGCGGUUGAUAUGUUGCAAAAAUCUAAUCCUUUGCGUAAACAAAAUAUCGAAGAUCUGGUAAAGAAUGGCUAUCCCGCUUACACAACCCAAGUUGGAUGGUUGGGGUACAGCGAUGAGCAGAUUCGGACAUUGUGCCAGAAGUAUCUUCAGGCGGGAUUCACAGCGUUCAAAAUCAAAGUCGGUCAAAAUCUCGAGAAUGACAUCAAACGGUGCAAAUUGGUUAGAGAAGAAAUAGGAUGGGACAACAAACUGAUGGUUGACGCAAACCAAAUCUGGGAUGUGAGCACUGCCAUUGAUUGGAUGAAAAACUUGAAGGAAUUUCAACUAUUGUGGAUUGAGGAGCCAACAUCGCCAGAUGAUGUUUUAGGUCACAAAAUAAUAGCUGAAGCUAUGAGGGAAUAUAAUAUAGGUGUCGCUACUGGUGAAAUGUGCGCCAAUCGAGUUUUGUUCAAGCAGUUUUUACAGGCAAACGCGUUGGAAUUUUGUCAGAUUGAUUCAGCCAGGAUUGGUGGGGUGAAUGAAAUUUUAGCGGUUUAUCUGAUGGCUAAAAAGUUUAACGUUAAAGUUUGCCCCCAUGCCGGUGGCGUUGGACUGUGUGAGAUGGUACAGCACUUACAAAUGUGGGACUAUACAUCGGUAUCAUGCACCAAACAAGAACGAAUGGUGGAGUUUGUCGAUCAGCAACAUGAACAGUUCAUAUAUCCUGCGGUAAUCAACGACAAUGCAUGCUACUUAGCACCUACUGCACCUGGGUACUCCACAGAGCUGAAACCAGAAUCUGUGUCAAUGUAUGAAUAUCCAAUCGGAUCGGAAUGGCAGAAAAUGUUUGCUGGUGGUAUUUUCAAGAAAGAGACAUAUUAGGAAUAUAGGUAUGUAUAAAAAAUUUCGAAAAAUAUAGAGGAAUUCCCGCAUAAUUCUAAACCAUAGCAGAACAUCAAAGACUACGGUAUAUAUUCCUUUCAAAACCAUAAUCAGAAUGGUGACCAGGACCUUAAGGUAACUAUAACUGAAUAAAGUUUUGACCAUAGUACUAACCGUUUUUUGAAACUCGACCAUACGAAUAAUGGGUUGUUAAGAAUGUUAACCGUAUCAAAAUUCAUUUUUUCACAAACAAAUUUCGUACUUGAACAGUAAUACAACCGUUCCUUGUGAAUAAUGUACCUCCAGGGAAUUGAGAAUACAAUACAAUACAAAUACAAUACACAGGAUUUUGUUUUUACACGAUUUUUUUUCGCUCGUAUUUUUGACCGUGUGACUUCAACUUACCACCAAAAUCUUCGCAACAUGUUUCAAAAAAUCCAGAAUAAAUCGAAGAAAAAUCACAUGAUAAUUAAUAUGCGUUUAACAUUCAGGAUGAGUGCAAAAUUAAAAAAAUGUAAAUCGUGUAAAAACAGAAUCCAGUGUACAAGAAUUUACAAAAAAAAAUGUUUCUAAUGCGAGUAAAAGAGACAGGUUAUAAAAUUCUA